AUAGUCUAAAUUCAACAUUAAUUUUGAUCUGAUUCAAAUUCUUUUUUAUUCAUUUGUAUUAAACACUGGUAAUUUUUCAUUUUGAGGACAAGUUACAACAACUAUGUAACAGGUAAUGAACUGGUAUAUUGGUUUUAAAAGUUUUUUUUGCAGAUAUUUUACAAAUUUUAGGUUAGGGCCUAUAACCUAAAUGAUGAGUGAACUAGUCAGUUCAAUAACAAACUUGUGCAAACUUUUAAACCGUCUUUUAGGUACAUCAAUUACACCUGAGUACUUCAGACUUCUAAAGUUAAACAAGUUAGCCCCUGAACAGACACAUCAACUGUUGGAUAUUUGUCACAAGCUUAGUUGCUCCCAUGAAAAAGAUAACUUCUACUACAGUUGUGAAGGUGAUCCUCUCAAAUGUAUUGAAAGUUUAUUGUGCAGGCAAGACAGGGGGGCUGCUUACUUCAUAUCUCCAGCAGCCACUCCUCGCCAAUUACUGCUCUGUUUAGCAUUCUUACUUUCAGAACGAACCAUUGAAAGUAAUAUUGAUAAAACAAUUUUAGCAACACCUUUAGCAGAUGAAAUUCCAUCAUUUCUGUUCAAACCAGAUGCUGAUGAGACGCUUGUCAGGCCUGAUACAGCUGAUCCACAGGUGUUGUUGAACUACGCACAGUUUUUGUCUGGGAAGAUCAACCACAAUCUGAGAGCCAUUUCAAACCACAGUCAAGAGAAGGCCAAGAUGUUUUCCAAGAUUCUUGAAGUCACAACUCAUAGCCAUAGCUCUUCACACUUGUCUGUUGGAGAUUUGGUCAUGGGAGGCAGGCCAGAAUUGCAACUUGAAUUAAUUUCAAAGUGUCAGCAUUGCAUUCCACUUCUCCAGGCAUAUUCCAGAUGGCAUAAAAAGAAACAUCUCUUUUGGGAGUGGAUGAUGUCAGUGGUUGAAGAAGAGUUCAAGACUAACAGCUCACACCUGUCAGCUGCUGGUGCUGCUCAUUUACACAAUUUCUUGGGAAAAGUCAAACAAGAUCUUCAGAAACCACAAAUUGACAAACAAAGUUCAUCCAUCAACAACAACUUGCCAUUAGGAAGGAGGCUACACAUUGAUCAAGAUGGGGUCAUUGUAGACUCUAUGAUUGAACAAAUGGAUUUGAAAAUUGAAGACUUAACAAAGCGUAACCAAGACAUGUUUGAUCAAAUAACAAAUAGAUUAAAAACGCGUAAUAAUAAGGAUGCAAUCACCUCUAUUUUACAAUCAUUUUUUUUAUGUUGACCACAUGAAGAUAAAUUUGAGAAGCAAGGGAUCUGCUACUGACCUACCUGCUUUAGAUAAUUUAAAUAUUUAAUGAAAAAAUAAAGUAUA